CACAACAGCUUUCUUUCCGCAGUUUUGUUCAGAAGAAAAGUGUAAACAAAUUUUCGGAACCCCAAAAGAGGGGGGAAAAGACAACUCGGCACCGCCACGCGGAACGAGUCAAUUCGGCGGCACUCGUCGUUCGAUUCCAUUGUUCAUCAUCUGAUCAUCUAUAUCCCUGAUAGAUCCAAGGCGGUUUUCGGAGAUUUUCGUUGCGGGUUUUUUUAGUUUUUAGAAUAUAUUAUCUUGUUUUUUUUUAUAAAAAAGAAAAACUUUUUGGUGAUGUUGGAUUUUCGGGAAGGAGGGGCGAGGGGCUAAGGUUUUGGUGGGUUAUGAUUAGGGUUUUUGCGUGUGGGUUUGGAGAUGGAUGAGAAUUCGGAGCCUGAAGAAGGAGAAGCUUGCUAUUACAGAGAUGACGACAACAACAUUAACCCCGAUACCGCUUUAUCUUACCUUGAUGGGAAGAUUGAAAACAUUUUGGGUCAUUUCCAAAAAGAGUUUGAAGGUGGUGCUUCUGCAGAAACCUUGGGGGCACAAUUUGGUGGGUAUGGCUCAUUUUUACCUACCUAUGAACGUUCUCCUUCAAGAUUAUCACAUCCAAAGAAACCACAGGGGAACUCCCGCACACCAAAAUCUACAAACAAUUUAUCUAUGGAGGUUGCAUUCCAGAAAUCAAAAGCUCCUCCAAGUGCAUCCCUAACUGUGGGACCAGGGAAUGCUUCCUGCUCAAGUGGCAAUAUUGCAGCUAAACAUAUUUCUCAUUUGUCUUUUAAUCAUGUCGUCGGGAAGCCUGCCUUAAAGGAUGUGAGUUUUAACAGAACAAAGAUUCACACUGACCAGAAGACACUGAAGGUGCGAAUUAAGGUGGGAUCUGAUAGCAAAGUUCAAAAGAACUCUGCAAUCUAUAGUGGUCUUGGGCUUGAUGAUUCUCCAUCUUCGUCAUUGGGGAACAGUCCCGAUGAAAGUGGAGGGACAGUGACGGGUUCACCGGGAACUACAAAUGAAUCACCUACUAAAAUUCUUCAGGUUAUGACUUCCUUCCAUGUCCCUGGUGGUGUACUCGUAUCUCCUCUUAACAGCUUGCUAUAUUAAGGAAGGAGAAGGAA